AUGUACCUGGUGGUGCUGGUGGCCGCGCAGGUGCACGGCUGGCAGCUCUACUACAGCAAGAAGCUGCUGGACUCCUGGUUCGCCAGCACGCAGGACAGGAAGAAGAAGGCGCGGGGCUCGCCCCUGCUGCCGGGCCCGCCUGACACGUGCCCCUUCCUCCCACAGGAUUGCAGAGCCAGCGUGGACCACACGCUGCCCCGGCCCCGGUGCCAGCGGGGCCUGCCCAAUGAGCCGCUCCUGCCCCCGCCAGCGCUGGCCUUGAGCACGGCCCAGCUGUGCCCAAACCGGCAGGACUGCCAGCCCUGCGUACGCGUGCGCCUGGCCCUGCACGCAUCAGGCCUUGGGGGCGUCCGGGGGCUGCAGCUGCAUUUCCUGGAGCUGGGCUCUAACCGGGCCGGCUGGCUGCAGGUGUGGCGACGGCGGCAAGUGGCAGGGAGCGCACUGGUGAGUGCCCAGUUUGAUUGCUACCCUGUGGAGAGCGGGCGCCGUGUCCUGGUCUCGCUGGGCACGGUCCCUGACCGGGGCCUGAGCCUCAACCAAACCCUCCUCGUUGCCACGGAGCCAGCAGGCCCCACGUUCUCCUACGAGUGGCUCCCAGCAGCACGGGCGAUCGCAGUGUCAGUGCCCGAGGGCCCUGCCCUGAUGGUUCGGCUCUGCCACCAGCUAACCCUGGAGUGCGAGGAGUUGCACCGCCCCUUCCACCAGCAGGUGCUGGUGCACGGGGGCCAUCGUGCCGUGCUGCCCUAUGAGUUCCUGCUGCCCUGUCUCUGCAUCGAGGCCUCCUGGUUGCACCGUGACGGCCUGCGCACCAAGCGCUGUCCCUUCCGGGACCAUCCAGCAGCCUAUGGGGCUGAGCUGUGGGUGUCAGUGCAGUUCCAUGACUACAGCACCAGCGGCCGAGACCAGAUGGCCAUGGCGCUGAGCGCCCGCUGCCCGCUGCGUGCCACCGCCGCCCUGUGCUGGAAAGAGCGUGAUGCCAGCCCCACGGCCUGUCACGACGUCCCCAACUCCACAGCUGCCGAGGAUGAGCAGACCUACACCCUGGAGGAGGUGGACGUGCACCCACAGCUCUGCUUCAAGUUCUCCUAUGCCAACAGCAGCCAUGUGGAGUGCCCACACCGGAAAGACACGGCCUGGAAUGUGUCCAUGAGCCUCUGGCCCCUGCAGCUACUGCUGCACUUCACCUCCAGCAUCCCAGCGGCCUUCAGCGCGGCCCUGUGCCAACAGCGUGCAGGGCGCUGCGACCCGGCGGCCCCUGUCUACACUGUCACGCACGCAGAGGGCUCGCGCCCCGGGGAGCUGGUCCUGCUCCUGCCAGUGCAGAUCCUGGGCAGCUGCGUGCUGGUGUGGCGCUCGGAUGUGCGGUUUGCCCGAAAACAGCUCCUAUGCCCAGAUGUCUCUCACAGGCGCUUCGGGCUCUUGGCACUGGGGCUGGUGCUGGCACUGGUGCUGCUGGCUGCUGUGCUGCUGUGGAGCUGUCGUCGCCUCUGCAAGCUGCCCCCAGUGGCCCCAGGGCAGCGGCCCGUGCUGCUGGUGUACUCGCCCGACUCGGAGCAGCACCGGCGCCUGGUGUGCGCCUUGGCCGACCUGCUGCACGCAGGGCUGGGCUGCGACGUGCGGCUGGACCUGUGGGACACGCGGCACGUGGGCCAGCUGGGUGCGCUGCCCUGGCUGCACGCCCAGCGUGAGCACGUGGGCCGUGAGCGCGGCACCGUGCUGUUGCUCUGGAGUCGUGGCAGCGCCCGGCUCUACCGCCUCUGGAGGGCAGGUGCCAGGGGCUGCGAGCCCCCCGACCUCUUCAGCGCAGCCAUGGGCUGUCUGCUGGGUGAGCUGCAGCAGGUGCCAGGGGCCGGGGCCCCAGGGGACUGGGUGCUGGCCUACUUCAGCGAGCUGUGCAGUCGCCGGGACGUGCCACGGGCCCUGCGCCCCCUGCCCUGCUACCGCCUGCCGCAGGAGCUUCCCAGCCUGGCCGGAGUGCUGCAGGGCAGGCCCCUGCCCCACGGCUGGCUCCAGGCGGGCGCCAAGGCCCUGGUGUGCCAGCUGCUCGCGUCCGAGGUGAGCCAGGGCCUGCGGGGCCACUUGGAGCUGUGCCGCCAGCUGCAGCCCAAGGCAGCACCUGCAGUCCCGUGGAGACUCGGCGGCUCCUGAGAGCCCCUGCAGGACGUGCCCGCGGGCCGGGCCUGGUGCCGCACGGAGAGCCAAGGUCCUAGCCUGGGAGACUGGGGCCAGGGCCAGGCUGCCUUGGAGCCCUGCACUUAGCUGCGAGGUCGUGGAUGAGCUGCAAGUCACCAGAUGGGAACUGCUCGGGGCCGGUGUGGCUGCCCGGGGAACCCAGGUGCCGGAGACGGUGCGCCCUGCCAGCCAGGGCGUGCCAAGAGCCGGGACCCUGGGCUGCGAGGAUGGAGAUGGCAGCUCUUGGCUCGUCCUUGGUGCCUUGGAGGAGGACAGAUGUGGCAGAGGCAGGGGCUGCUGCGGGGCAGGAGUCUGCCCUAACGGGGCAGGUGCUGCUUGGCUUCCACCUGCCGGGGCUGGGCAGAGCGGGCACCUCCGAGCUGUGCCCAUGGGGCCAGGCCGGGGUGACCCGUGGACUGAAUAAAAGAGCCUGUGAAGUACAGAGGGCCUGGCUCAUCCAUGGGGCCAGAUGCGCGGGGGGCGCAGUGGGGCUGCCCAUGUGGCACGAGGAGGGCCACGAGGAUGAGGGCACAGGCCCCAUGGGCGUUUGGCAGGUGUGGCUGUCCAGGGGGACUGAGCAGGGGAGGGCCUGGGGGCGUGGGUUGCUGCAGGGCAGCCCUGGGAGCCGGGGUUGCAAGCAGCCCCGAAGCUCCCCAGCCCUGCGGCCGGGGCUGAGCAAGCGACAAGGCUGUCUCCAGGCCGAGAAACGCCGCAUGGGGGAGCUGGACACGCAGGCCCCUGCGCUGGGAAGCUGCGGGGGGGCAGCAGGCAACUGCCUGGGUGCCCGGACCUCCAAGGGCUCUGGCUGGGGCCCGGGUGCAGCCAGGCCGAGCCCAGGGCAGUGAUGCCAUCCCCAGGGGCUGCCAGGAUCCCCACACAGCCUGGCCUCGGCCCUCCUGGGAGGCGGUGGGGGCUGGGAGAGCUCCAGGGCACCCGCCUGAGUGCUGGCUCGCAGCCUUGCCCUGGGGGCUGGGGGGAAGAGCAGUGACCAGGCCAGGGAGCCCGGGCAUGGGCCCGAGUGUCUGUGGGGAGCCUGGUGGGCCCAGCAGCCCUAGCCCUGACGCAGCUGCGACCUGGUGCUCGACCCUGCCAUGUCUGGGCUUGGCAUGUUCGCCAGCGCGGACAGCUCCAGUCCAGCCAGGUGCCCCAGGCAGGAGUCCCAGCAGCCGCAUCCUGGUGAGCAGAGCUGCCUGGAGACGGGCCAGGGCCAGGGGCUCGGGGCCCCGCAGCUUUAGCCAGCGCGGGCACCGGGCAGCCGUGCCAG